AUGGGGGCUUGCAAUAGAGUUAGGAAUCCAAUAGUUCCUAGCAGUAAAUUGUCAAAGGAAAAAGAAGGAGCACAAGUCGAUGGAACCUUAUUCAAGCAAAUCGUGGGAAGUUUGAUUUACAUGAUAGUCACAAGACCUGAUUUGAUGUAUAGUGUAUGUCUGAUUAGUAGAUUCAUGUCAAAUCCAAUGGAAGUACAUAUGCUGGCAGCUAAAACAAUUCUGAGUUAUGUUCAAGCUACCACAGAUUUUGGCAUUCUUUACAAGAGGAAUUGCACACAUGAACUGAUGGCGUACACAAAUAGUGAUUAUGCUAGAGAUUUGAGUGAUCGAAAGAGUACUUCAGGCUAUGUCUUUAUGCUAAGUGGAGGAGCAGUAGCUUGGGCAUCAAAGAAGCAACCCGUUGUUACUCUGUCAACUACAGAAGCAGAGUAUGUAGCUGCUGCCUCAUGUGCUUGUCAAAGUGUAUGGAUGCAGCGAAUUUGGAAGCAAAUUAAAGGUACCCAAAGCAAACCAGUCAAAAUUUUUUGUGAUAACUCCUCUACCAUUAAGCUUGCAAAAAGCCAAUCUUUCAUGGAAGAAAUAAACACAUUGAUGUAA